AUGGUUACCCGAAAGUCCUCUCUCCCGUAUUCCAACAGCCCUCCCGAGCAGCCUGUCUAUGCAAACUACAAUCCCAGCCACGAGGACAACCUCAUCCCCGAUGCAGCCGCCAUCCCUCCCGUCCCUCAUCCUGCCCGGAGGUCUCCUCAAUUUCAGAAUAAUAAUGCUCCUUUUGACACGGCAGACAACCCGUGGUCUGAUGCUCCUCACAGGGAUUUAAGGUCUGAUCGCCCCCUGCCUGAUUUUCUCAAGGCUGGUUCGCGUACUCCAGAAAACGGUCCUCCAACUCCGUCUCUCGCUAAUAUCCCGAACAUUCUUCGAGCUGGCCAGUCUGGGGAAGACACUCCUAGAUCCUCUCUCGAUAGCCAGAGAUCCAAGGAUUUCUGGGACGACUCAGAUGAUGAUAGACCGGGGAAGAAGACCACUAGCAAGAGUCCUAGACGAAGUCCCAAGAAACCCACCCUCCCCAACGUGGAGGCGCCUGCGAAGUCACCUGGCAUCAAGAGGAAGCCGGUGGCAGUAUCGCCGCAACAUUCCAGAUCUGAUCUGACUUCACCAGUAGGCUUUGCCUCCAACAACCCCUUCAGGCGCCCUUCCGAGGGUACUGUAGUGCCAGAUUUGUCCCAGGAUGGGAAUCCAACAUCCAAGGGUAAAGCGCCAGUCAGAGAUAGUCCCAAAAGCCCUCCAGUCCCAUAUGGUUCGCCAGCACCACAUAUGGGAAGUAGGACCGGCCCCGAAACAUCCUACAAUACCUUCCAACAUGGUCAGCCCGAGACUGAAGCAUGGGCAAAUCAGCCACACUCACUCCCACCGAUGCCAUCAGGUUCUCCUCCACCGCCACCACCACCUGAUGCAGCCCCCCUUUCGCCGUUCAGUAAACAGGCUCCAUUAAUCCCUUUGGAACCACAGAAGACAAGCUCCUCAGAGAACCCUUGGACCAAUUCGGCGCCACCCAUUGCCGCAACUCCCUCCCCAAUUCCUUUUCCACCAUCCCAGAAGCAGGUGUCCGCUUACAACCGUGACCUUCUAGACCGAGGACAGCAGACAGGCGUCGUAUCAUUACAAGAUGAACUUUCCACGCUUCCCAAUGCGGUCGAGACUGGACCGGUUACUCGACCUGAACCUUCUCUACUUGACGAUGACAACGAUGUCGGACCUCCUCUCCCUGUUCGACCUGUCCAGCGCACAGAGACUGAAUUUUUUGAACCACCUGAGGGACCGCCUCCACCCAAACCCCCACGGCCAGCCUUGAAGACGACCGCCCCUUCAGAGCAAGAAAUCGCGAAACUCCUUGAACAAAGGAAUGAAACCUAUCAAGUCAAGCAUUUCAACUGGUUUGAUCAUAGUUCUCGGAGACUUCGAGCAUCUUCGAUGUUGACCCAGAACAGAAACGGUCCAUGCCCUCUACUAGCUCUGGUCAAUGCACUAAUUCUGGGAGCUGGGGACGAGUCUCAACCAGCUCUGGAUGAAGCACUUCGGUCUAGAGAGCAAGUCACUUUGGGCCUCAUUAUCGAAACACUGAUGGACGAGUUACUUUCAAGGGGGCUUGAGAGCGUUGGAGAUAUGUUGCCCGAUGUUGAUGAACUCAAUGCCUUUUUGCUACGACUACGCACAGGCAUGAAUGCCAAUCCACGUUUUGUGCCUCCAACCAUCCCUGCACCCAAUCUCAUGGAUGAUGAUGGCUCCAUGCUGAAUAUUCCCCAACAGCAGAGGGCCCAAUACAAAUCGGGCACAUUUGAGGCCACCACCGAUAUGAAACUAUAUGGCGCCUUUACUGUGCCAUUAAUUCAUGGUUGGUUGCCAGAGCCAGGCUCCGAUGCUGCAAAAGCAUUUGCAAGAUCUGCUCAAACAUACGAGGAUGCCCAAGCUUUGCAGUUUGGUGAAGAAGAAUUAGAAUACAAGUUGUCCAACUUCUCACUGUCCCCGGAGGAGCAGAAUCUGUUGCAAGACAUUACGUCGAUCAAGAAUUUCUUCAAGACAUAUCCUACACAACUCUCACCUACAGGCCUUGAAGCCGUUCAAGAUUCCAUUCCAUCAGGCUCAUUCGCCAUCAUGUUUCGCAAUGACCAUUUCAGCACGAUAUACAAGCACCCUGAGAAUGGACAGCUGUUCACACUGAUCACGGACGCUGGCUACGCUGAUAGAGAUGAAAUCAUAUGGGAGAGCUUGGUCGACAUCAAUGGAAAGCAUAGUGAAUUCUUCUCGGGAGAUUUCAUGCCCGUCAGCCACAAUGGAUCUGCAGAUGAGUCCAAUACUCAUCCGGCACGUCGUUCUUCGCUACUUUUAUCAGUCAACACUCCUUCCAAUGCUAAUGCUCCACUAUCCCCUCAAGAGCAACAAGAACAACAUGACGCCGAUUUUGCCAUGGCUUUACAGCUCCAGGAAGAGGAGGAACAAAGACAGCGAGCUGAACGAAAUCGACGAAGGAGUGGUGCAAAUCAAACUAGUGGCAGUGCGACCACGAACACUAGCAGCAGCAACAACAAUCGAAGAUCUGGAGGAAAUAUUCCCAUCCCUCUUCCAAGUCGUCCACAGGCAGAAGUGCGCCCGUCGAUCCCACCACGUACUUCAAGGAACCCCAAUCCUGCUGUAAAUCGACCGUCUGAUGCUGACGCGGAUGAUGCGCCACCGGCUUAUGAAGAAGCGGCCAAAGGACGACCAUAUAUCCCGCCAUUGGGCAGUCCACUUCAUCCAUCGUCAGAUCCCAGCCCCAUGAACUCGAAUUUGCAGCUGACUGGUACCAUUAGCAAUAACUCUGGCUCUUCGGCUCUUGAUAGCCACCCACCAGGCCCGAACGUGGCAAUGGGAAGGCGGCAACCUGGACGUAGAAUGAGUGCAUACAACGAACAAGCGCAGUACUACAAUGCGCCUCAGAGACCGCACGGAUUGAACGUUGCCCAAGGGGUUGGCCCAUCGGGACCCUCCCGUCCAAACAGACAGGAUCGUGACUGUGUGGUGAUGUGA